AUGUUGACUAAUUUAUGGCUGUUGUUAUGUUUUGUUGGUACUGUAAAUGGGUUUGAGGUGAGUUUUUUUGUUUACGAGAACACAUAAGAGUACGGUAGAAUAAGGUAAGAAGUUGUGGUGUCAGGUAGAGUAGGAUUAGGCAGUGCAUCUAAAUGGUAGAUAGGGGGGGGAUGGGAAGAACAAAAAAAAGAAGGGGUAAAAAUGGUGAUAUUGAAGGAUAGGGGUAGGAUAGAGAAGAGUAAGGUAGGACACGGCAAAGCAGGGCAGCAGUGAGAUAAGAAUUGUAAAUUAGAACUGGGAAGGGUAGGUCAAGGCAAAAGAAAGUAUGGUAAAGUAGGUAGGGUAGGGUAGGGUAGGGUAAGGUAGGGUAGGGUAGGGUAGGGUAGGGUAGAGUAGGGUAGGGUAGGGUAGGGUAGGGUAGGGUAGGGUAGGGUAGGGUAAGGUAGGGUAGGGUAGGGUAGGGUAGGGUAGGGUAGGGUAGGGUAGGGUAGGGUAGGGUAGGGUAGGGUAGGGUAGGGUUAGGGACUGGGCUAAGGCGAUGUAAGCUGUAAUUUUAAAAUUUUAGGUGAUUUGGAACAUUCCAAGUAAACAAUGCACUUUCAAUCCAACUUCUUUUGGUUUGGCGGCAAAUUCGAAUAACAAAUUCUUUGGAGACAAGGUUGUUUUGUUGUAUGAAACCUUUGGGUUGUUUCCGUUUUGUAACUCUGAACAAGAAAACGAUGAGCAAAAGCCAGAGUGUGUUCCUGUAAAUGGUGGUGUGCCUCAGGCAAGUUUUUUUUUCUGGUUUGGAAUUGGAAAUUCAGUAUAAAAGAUUUGUAAUGUAUUUUGCACUGAAAAUCUUCCACUCAACUUCCAUCUCUAAAAAGUGUCAAAAACGUGUUUUUAAGCCAUUUUAUGAUAUAUUGAAAAUGAAAGUUUAGUGGAAGAUUUGUAAUGUAUUUUGCACUAAAAAUCUUCCACUCAACUUCCAUUUUAAAAAAUGUCUUAAAAUGACAUAAAAUGCCAUAAUGUUGCUUGUAAGCCAGCAAAUCCCAUAAAUUAGCCAUUUUCAGGCAGCCGACCUUUCAGCCCACUUAGAAAAGGCCGCAGCUGAUAUUGAAGCCGCUAUUCCAGAUCCAGAUUUCAAUGGUUAUGGAGUGAUCGACUAUGAAGCCUGGAGACCGUUGUAUGAAAUGAACUGGAGUUCAAGAAGAAUAUAUCAACGAUAUUCAAGAAAAUUGGUUCAGGAGAUUACUGGUAUUACUGAUCCACAUGAGCUAGACCAUUUGGCUAGGGCUGAGUUUGAUUUGGCUGCAAAGUAAGGGCAAACGACAUUUCUUUAUAGAAGAUUGGCAUGUUUUUAAUGUUUGACAAGUUGUAUUUUACCUAAAAGUAAUUUUUUAAACGUUUAAGUUUAAUUUAAAAAAGUGGAAAUUGAGUGAAAUAUUUGUAAUGUAUUUUGCACUAAAAAUCUUCCACUUAACUUCCACUUCGAAAAAGUGUCAAAAAGUCAUUUUUAGGUCAUUUUAAGACAAUUUAAAAAUGGAAGUUAUGUGGAAGAUUUUCAGUGCAAAAUACAUUACAAAUCUUCCAUCCAACUUCCACUUUCUAAAAGCCCUUGUUUUGGCAGCUUUUGGUUUUUGUAAGUAAAGUUUUUGUGACUUUCAGACAAUUUCUGGUCGAAACAAUCAAAUUGGCGAAGAAACUACGGCCCAAAGCCAAAUGGGGCUUCUGGGAGUAUCCUCUAUGCGACUAUAGAGCAGGCUACGAAAACCUACAUUGUUUGGAUUAUUACAACGAUUUUAAUGAUCAGUAAGUUUUUUUCUACUUUGUGAUUGAUUUUUUAGUUUGUAUUUCACCCAGAAAUGAGCUUUUACAAGCUUUAAACGGGUGUUACAAAAGUGGAAGUUGAGUGGAAAAAUUGUAAUGUAUAGUGCACUGAAAAUCUUCCACUCAAUUUCCAUCACUAAACAGUGUCCAAAACGUGUUUUUAGGUAAUUUUAAGACAUUUUGAAAAUGGAAGUUGAGUGGAAGAUUUUUAGUGCAAAAUACAUUACAAACCUUCCACUCAACUUCCACUUUUUAUAUCGCGUUUUUUUGGCUUUCUAAUGAAACUUAUUGACUUUUUAUAUAAUGUAAAAUAAAGUUCUGUCAUUUUCAGUUCAUUUUCUAGCCAGUUUUUUAAAUUUUGAUAUAUAUCAUACAUUAUAAAAUGGCAUUCCAGAUUAUCCUACAUAGCCGACCAUUCCGACGCCAUAUACCCCCACAUCUACUACUAUGAAGAAGAAGCUUCAGAAGGUCAACUACAUCAUGCCUACGCCAGAAUGAAGCAAACAACCGACUACAUUGCCAAGUACAAUCCUAAUGCUACAGUAAUCCCUUAUAUUAAGAUUGAGUACGCACCGGAUGAGUCCGGUAUCCCAAAAUUCUACAGUAAGCCAGCAUUAUGUGCUUCUAUUAAGUAUCCUAUGGAGCUGGGAGCGGAGGCGGUGUUGGUUUGGGGUGGCAGUUGGAAGAUGAAGGAGAGAUGCCAGGGCUUUGAGGAGUACCUGAAUAGUACUGUAAAGCCAUUUGUUGGUGAGGUUAGGAGGAAGGCUGAGAAGUAAGUCUUAGUUCUGUAAACAAAGUUUUUGCUUUUUCGUAAUUUUUUUCAUGAUCAUUUUUUGCCAAAAAUGGCUUUAAAGCCAUAAAAAGAAGGCCUUUUAGACCUCUAAACGUAGUUUUUGCUCAAUUUUAAGCUUGUAAAGAAAGUCUUUGCAGUUUUCUAGAUUUUUAAAAAACGUUUUUAUCAUUUUUAAGGUUUUAUAUCAAUUUCAAGGCUAUUUGUGACCCGUAGACAAAAUUAUGAGUUUUUAAAAAAGUGGAAUUUGUGUGGAAGAUUUGUAAUGUAAUUUGCACUGACAAUCUUCCACUCAACUUCCAUCUCUAAAAAGUGUCAAAAAGUCAUUUUUAGGCUAUUCUAAAAUUUUUUAAAACAGAAAGUUACGUGGAAGAUUUUCAGUGAAAAAUACAUUACAAAUCUUCCACUCAACUUUCACUUUUUAAAACAAUCGUUUUUUCGGUUUUUACUGGAAAUUUAGCUCAUUUAUGGACUUGUAACCUUAAAUUUUGACAUUUUUUAACUUUGUUGAAAUUAUAAUUUGACAUUUCCCAGGUGCCGAGAAUCCUAUUGUAACAAUAACGGCCGAUGUGCUACUGAUGUCAACAUUGUACCAAAUGAAUGCCAUUUGGGACACAGUAUGGUCAAUCCACAUUGCAUUUGUUACACUGGGUUUGAGGGGAAGCAGUGUGAAAACAAAAUGACACAUUUUUGA